UUUUAUAUUUCCCGCCUUUUAUGAAAGAUUAUAAAUCCCCUUUUUUCGCUAUUAAUGUUUAGAUCUUUUUUUCUUUCCGGUGGAUGGUCAUUUUAAAAUCCGCCUCUGCCACCACCGUCCUUGCGUGAUCUAUUACUCCGAUUGACCCCCCCACCACCCAGUUGAUCACCGCAGACCGCGUCAUUAGCAAUUCAAAUGAGAGCGCCAAAAAGGGGAAAACUAACCCUCAAAAAAAGUUGCAUCACGCCCAACCCCAAAAAGAGUCCACGCCCAUGUGGUUGAUUACCCUCCUUAAGGACUAAUUACACCGUUGAAUGUGCAUGAAGCUAAUCACUUUUGAUAUCAAACCAAGUUCAUCUGGUGGAUAAAAUUCUACUAAAAGACCAUCGUAUUUUAGCAGGGAGGAUCUGGUAGGACCACAGGAGCUUAUAGAUGCGCUGGGUGUGUGUGUGUGUGUAUUGAUAUUUCUCGUCGUGUAUAGAUUAGAUGAAUGAGUUGCCUGCUAUAUUAAUAAGCCCGUCGGCGAGGGGAGAGAUGUGUGUGCAUGAUGGGACGAGUGAUUUGUUUCGGGGCUGGUCCACCACCAGCUUGUGCAAUAUUUCAAGACUUAUGCGUCGAUAAGCUGGUCGAAUGGGUAUUUUCCCAUUAUGACAUGAACUGCAUAGAACGUGUUUGGAUAAUGGAAAAUCAUGGAAUCCUGAGGGAUAUCAUCCCUUCAGAAAGUCAACUAAAAGCAAUUUUAUGUCACGAAACUCGCGAUGACCUGUCAAAUUUUGACGGCGAUGGGCGAUUUGCUAAGUUGGAACACAUCGGCGGUAUGAUUACACUACAACACUGGACCGGGUUGCCUAACCUUCGCUACAUUCAUGGCUUUGGCCACAGUGCACAAGAAGUUGACGAAAUGUGUAGAGCACAUCCCAGGUUAGAGUUUUUGCAUUUGGAUGACAGCGAUGUAGAAUAUCCUUUUUGUAUGAAAGCUGACUGGGUGUUGCAUCAUUUAAAGACAUUCGUUUACGUUUGCCUGUAUCCAAUGAAAGAGAUUCUAGAACCAUUUCUGAAAGCCGCUCCUAAUCUUGAAGUGCUUCAUAUUGGUCUUUCGAAUGACACUGCUGUUGGUCCUAAUAGUCCUAGUCCUUACGAUGAACCUCUUAUCACUGAUUUUUUGAAAAUGAUAUCACGUUGUGGUCGGUUGACUACCAUAACCCUAAACCAGUUUUGUUUGUUCGAAGGAGAUUUAUUUGCGAUAUUCAGUGGCUGCCCAUUACUUCGAAAUCUUCAUAUUUGCGGUGGUCUUACUUGCCCCGAAUCAUUCGACAAUCUUUGUCGGUACUUACCUCUGGCUAAAAAGUUGCGAGAUUUUAGAUUGCAGUACUCUCCCUGUACGCAGUACUGGGACUCCGUGUCGUACUUCUCCGAGUACUUAGGAGAAAACCCGAGUCGGGCCAUACUGAAUGCUCUUCUCGAUUCUAAAAGAUUGGAAAGAAUUGUUCUCUACGAGGAGGAGGACGACUCUAAAUUUCCGUGGAAAAGUCAGGAACUUCAAGACGUUCUAUUCAAAUUUGUAAGCAGUAUGCCAGAUCUCGUCUGUUUCUGUUUCAUCACGGCAUCAGAAAUAGAACCAGGAACGGUGGCCAAACUGAAACAGAAAUUUGACGAGUUUAUUAUCCCAAUUCGACCGGCCUUUUGGUGCCAUGUUGCUAAUGACUUUCCCCAAGCAACGGAUCCCACAGUCCCUCGAAUUCAUUAUGACCAGAUUGUAUGCCCAAUUAACUACUUGGUUCCCGAAUUUUGAUCGUAUGAUUAAAAGGGUGUACGACGUUCAUGCCCAGUCUUUCAGGCCACUUCUAUUGGGCCUGAACGUCGCAAAAAUUAGGUGUGGUGUGAAAGACGAAUUUCUGUGUCAUGGAUGUUAAUAAUUUUUGUGUGGCAAC